UCCGCCGGCUUCUCUCCUCCUGCUCUGCUCCGCUUUCCUCUGCUCUGCUCUCCCGUCAUGCGCUCGGUUUUCCUCAGCCGUCGGGAUGUUGAGCGUGGAGUUUGCUGUGUGUUGUGCUGCGGGCGAAGAGGUAUGGCCUCACAGCUGCAGGUGUUUUCCCCUCCGUCAGUAUCCUCGAGUGCCUUCUGCAGUGCCAAGAAACUGAAAGUGGAGCCCUCUGUCUGGGAUGUUUCAGGACAGAGCAGUAGUGACAAGUAUUAUACCCACAGCAAAAACCUCCCAGCAGCUCAAGGGCAAACCAGCUCUUCUCAUCAGGUAGCCAACUUCAGUGUCCCUGCGUACGACCAGAACCUCCUUCUCCCUGCUCCUUCGGUUGAGCACAUUGUGGUUACAGCAGCUGACAGCACAGGCAGCAGUGCGACAGCAUCCUUUCAGAACAGCCAAACCCUAACGCAUAGGACCAACCUUUCUUUACUGGAACCAUACCAAAAAUGUGGAUUAAAAAGGAAAAGUGAAGAGGUAGACAGCAACGGUAGUGUGCAGAUAAUUGAGGAACAUCCACCUCUCAUGCUGCAAAACAGACCUGCGGUGGGUGCUGCGGCCACGACCACCACGGUAACCACAAAGAGCAGCAGUUCCAGUGGAGAAGGGGAUUAUCAGCUGGUCCAGCAUGAGAUCCUGUGCUCCAUGACAAACAGCUAUGAGGUCUUGGAAUUCCUGGGCCGUGGGACGUUUGGGCAGGUGGCAAAGUGCUGGAAGCGUAGCACGAAGGAGAUUGUGGCCAUCAAAAUCCUGAAGAACCAUCCUUCCUACGCCAGGCAGGGCCAGAUAGAGGUGAGCAUCCUCUCUCGCCUGAGCAGUGAGAAUGCAGAUGAAUAUAACUUCGUUCGCUCCUACGAAUGCUUUCAACACAAGAAUCAUACAUGCCUUGUAUUUGAGAUGCUAGAACAGAACUUAUAUGAUUUCUUAAAACAAAACAAAUUCAGCCCGUUGCCCCUGAAAUACAUCCGGCCAAUUCUACAGCAAGUGGCUACUGCCCUGAUGAAGUUAAAGAGCUUGGGUCUGAUACAUGCUGAUUUGAAGCCGGAAAACAUUAUGUUGGUGGAUCCUGCGCGCCAGCCCUACAGAGUGAAGGUGAUAGACUUUGGUUCAGCCAGCCACGUAUCCAAAGCUGUGUGCUCCACGUACCUGCAGUCGCGCUAUUACAGGGCUCCUGAGAUCAUCCUGGGUUUACCGUUCUGCGAAGCUAUUGACAUGUGGUCGCUGGGCUGUGUGAUAGCUGAGCUGUUUCUGGGCUGGCCUCUGUAUCCAGGAGCCUCUGAAUAUGAUCAGAUUCGUUAUAUUUCACAAACUCAAGGCCUUCCAGCGGAGUAUCUUCUCAGUGCAGGAACGAAAACAAGCAGGUUUUUUAACAGAGAUCCAAAUUUGGGAUACCCACUGUGGAGGCUAAAGACCCCAGAAGAACACGAGUUGGAGACAGGAAUAAAAUCAAAAGAAGCAAGGAAAUAUAUAUUCAACUGUUUGGAUGAUAUGGCACAGGUGAAUAUGUCCACAGACUUAGAAGGGACCGACAUGUUGGCAGAGAAGGCUGACCGAAGGGAGUACAUUGAUUUGUUGAAGAAAAUGUUGACUAUUGAUGCAGAUAAGAGAAUUACUCCGCUGAAGACUUUGAACCAUCCAUUCGUUACAAUGACCCAUCUUCUGGAUUUCCCACACAGCAAUCAUGUGAAAUCCUGCUUUCAGAACAUGGAGAUUUGCAAGCGAAGAGUUAAUAUGUAUGAUACAGUGAAUCAGAUUAAGAGCCCAUUCACGACUCACGUUGCUCCUAAUACAAGCACAAAUCUGACAAUGAGCUUUAACAACCAGCUCAAUACAGUACACAACCAGGCCAGUGUAUUAGCUUCUAAUUCUACUGCUGCUGCUACUCUUUCCCUGGCAAACUCGGACGUCUCCUUGCUGAACUAUCAGUCUGCUCUCUAUCCAUCAUCUGCAGCACCAGUUGCAGGUGUGGCACAGCAGAGUGUCUCCUUGCAACCUGGAACCACCCAGAUCUGCACGCAGACUGACCCAUUCCAGCAGACAUUCAUUGUUUGUCCCCCUGCUUUCCAAACUGGACUUCAGGCAACUACCAAGCAUUCCGGAUUCCCAGUCAGGAUGGAGAAUGCUGUCCCAAUUGUACCACAAGCACCUGCAGCACAGCCACUGCAGAUCCAAUCUGGAGUUCUCACACAGGGAAGCUGUACACCACUAAUGGUAGCAACUCUUCAUCCUCAAGUAGCCACCAUCACUCCGCAGUAUGCGGUCCCCUUUACUCUGAACUGCGCAGCCGGCCGGCCAGCGCUAGUAGAACAGACGGCUGCAGUACUGCAGGCCUGGCCUGGGGGAACCCAGCAGAUACUGCUUCCUUCCACCUGGCAGCAGCUCCCAGGGGUUGCCUUGCACAAUUCUGUUCAGCCAGCAGCUGUGAUUCCAGAGACCAUUAGCAGCAGCCAGCAAUUGGCCGACUGGAGGAAUGCACAUUCCCAUGGAAAUCAGUACAGCACCCUCAUGCAACAGCCAUCGUUACUGACCAACCACGUGACAUUGGCUGCAGCACAGCCUCUGAAUGUUGGAGUUGCUCAUGUUGUUAGGCAGCAGCAAAGCAGCAAUGUUCCAGCAAAGAAGAACAAGCAGCCAGCACCAAGCACAGCCAAAUCCAGCUCCACUCUAGAAACUGUGCCCACUCAAGUUUACUCUCUCAUUGGGAGCAGUCCUCUGCGUUCCACAUCCUCCUCCUCCAAUGUGCUCGUCCCAGUGCAGGAGCAGCACCAGCCCAUUGUGAUCCCAGACACUCCAAGCCCUCCCGUCAGCGUCAUCACCAUUCGCAGUGACACUGAUGAGGAAGAGGACAGCAAAUACAAACCUGCCAGUUUGGGUAUGAAGCAGAGAUCCAAUGUCAUCAGCUACGUUACUGUUAAUGACUCCCCUGAUUCCGACUCCUCCCUGAACAGCCCCUAUGCCACAGACCCACUUUCUUCUCUCAGGAGUACAGGUGGUGCCCUGGAGCUGCCAAGCAGAGGAGCAGCUGACAGCUCCAACUCUCGGACUAUCAUUGUGCCACCACUGAAAACACAGCUCAAUGACUGCAUUGUAGCCACCCAAGCUUCAGGCAUCCUGAGCAGCACCAGUAAGACCAAGCCUGUGGCCUCUGUGAGCGGGCAGUCAUCAGGAUGCUGUAUAACACCAACUGGGUACCGACCGCACCGCGUGGUAACAAACGGUGUGCAGCCUCUCAAUCUCAGCCAGAACCAGCAAACGACAGUGCUGGCCUCACAGGAGAGAAGCGGAAAUGCAGUCCCACGUAGGCAGCAAGCUUAUGUGGCACCCCUCACAUCAACUAUUUCUCAGGCUCCCUACACGUUUCAACACAGCAGCCCAGUGCAUCCCCACCUGGCGGCGGCGACUGCGAACGCACACCUGUCCAGCCAGCCACAUAUGUACACUUAUGCUCCAACUACUGCUGCAACGCUGGGCUCCACCACCUCCAUCGCCCAUCUCUUCUCCCCUCAGGGCUCCUCACGGCACACCCAGUACGCUGCCCACCCCAGCACACUCGUCCACCAGGUCCCUGUGAGUGUUGGUCCGAGUCUGCUGACUUCUGCAAAUGUUCCACCUGCCCAGUACCAACACCAGUUUGCUCCCCAGUCCUAUAUUGGUGCUUCCAGAGGAUCUGCUAUUUACACUGGAUAUCCGCUGAGCCCUACAAAGAUCAACCAGUACUCAUACUUAUAGUUCUUGGUAGAGCAAUUCCUGUCCUGCAACAGGCUGGAGCGAUUGGAGAAAGAUUUCAGGUGAAUCUUUACCUGGUAAUGACUGCCUGGUUUUUGUUUCUCCCUUCUCUGGUUGUAUGUUGUUCAGAAAUGUCUCUGGUGAGCUCAGUCACUAACCGAGCAGCAUGCUUUGUUACCAGUGCAAGGGUCACUAAUUAAGUUUUUAAAAUUUUCCUUACUUUUUAUAGAUGCUUUUAAAAAUUCAUGGUCACUUUUAUUUAAAAUCGUUCUGUUGUGCUAAUGGAAAGAGGAGGGAAGAUCAGCAUCUCGGAAGCAGAUCCUGAUGAUUUUUUUAACUUGUAUAAUUUAAGCAAGAAGAUCAGCAGAUAAUUUUUCAGCAGCUUGCACAGAUCCACAUUGCCACUAAAAAUGUAAUGCACAUUUAUCUCUUGGUCUUGCCAGGGCAGUUCUAACAUCCAGCUGAGUGUUUUAACUUUUGUUCCCCAUUUCACUUUCACAACUUGCUGGUUUUGAGGAGCCAUUACAUCUCUCUGCGUUUCUGUCCAAGGUUUUGUUUACAUCUCUGCUUUGUUUGAGAUGCUGGGAAGGGCAGCUGCCUCGUCCCACGUCGUGUAUUCAGGAACCAACAAGAACUCAACAAGAGCCCUGGAAUCUCUUGUUUUCCUGCAAAUUCUUUGUUUCCGUAACACAGCUGAAUUAUUAUCGCAUUCAUUGGGGAAUCCCUUGAGGCUUUUCAAACAGAUUUGAGGUCGUGCUGUGUAACACAGCUCAGCACCUGGACGAGGAUGCCGUAACGUUCAGUUGGGAAUGAAUUGUGCCACACUGCUCUCACAUCUGCAUUCUGCAGCGUUUGGUGCUGGCCCCAAAGCAGGGCUGGAUGCCUCCACAGAAGCGCAGGGCUUUUUGGUUCUGGUUUUUUUUUGGUUUUUGUUUUUUCCUUCAUAUUUUUCUUUCCAUGAUUCGUUUGUGAGGGAGUCGAACAAUUUGAAAUACAACGAAACGUCACUGUAUUGGUGUGUACAGCUUUUUAUACUCCUGUGACCAUAUCCUCCUGGAUAUGCCAACAGCUUCCUUAAAGCGCUCUUAUGAAGACUUGUAUGCAGUACGUGCAUGGAGGAAUUGCAAAAACAAGAAGAGAAAAAAAAAAAAGAGGAAAAAAAAGAAAAGAAGAAAAAAAAAAAUCCAGAUUUUAAAGUUUAUUACUGAAUUUAAAACUAUUUUAGAAGUUUUGUAUUGGUGGUGUUUUAAUAUUUUACAGAAAAAUGAAAUAUGUACAUAUUGAUUAGAAAAAUAUAACAAGCAAAACUUCCUGCUAACCCCAAACGUUCUGUCUUUGUAAUCAAGAUGUGUAGUGAUGAUACUUGAACUCUGUACUUAGUGUUUGUCUGAUUCUUAAAACGUCCCUGGGGAUGGAGUUUGAUGUAUCCUUUGUAUUUAAACCAAAAUGAGUGGAUUCGUGUCGGAAUGUAUGUGAUAUAAUGCAAUGGUUAGAGCUCAUCACUGUAGCACUGAGAGAGGAGUAGAGCUUCACGAGAGACAAGGAUACUUUCUGAUUUGUUUUGCACAGGUAUGUGUGAUGAAGAGUUGUUUGGUGUGUCCCCUUAUUGUAGUGCCUUAAAUGAUGAUGUAGUGUGAAUAGAGUUUACAGUGAGCUUGCCUUAUGAGGGACCAGCAAGCCCCCGUCGAAUUGAAGCAAUUCACUACGCUUCCCACAGCAAGAACAGCAGUCUGUCGCAUAGGUGCAUUGUUCUCAGUUUUAAUGCUGUCAUAAAAAGCAACGUUUCUGUUGGAUUGAAGCGAUGUCCCCUUACAGCUGUUCCUGGAAGUGGCACAUGUCCUGUUAGCUGUCUGUCGGUGCAUUUCGAAUAGGGUCGUGCUGGGAAUGCAUUGGAAUGUUUAGUCUCAUAUUGCAGAAGUGAUUAAAUACGUGCAAUCACUUUUUAUUAGAGUAGUAUGGCGUUACCUUCCCCCACGUUAAUAGUAGACAUUUCCUGUAAAAUAUUGCUAGCUUGGUGAUAGGAUAUUUAUACCAAAGAGAGCCUGCUGUAAAGCACAUAAUACCAUUAAGAAGUUUUCUAAUGCUGCUGCUAAUGUGGAGUUGUUGGGAAGGUGUCAGCUGUAUGCUAGUCAGUGUGCAGAGGAAAUGCAACCAUGCUUUGUUUCCUUGGGUCCCUCGUGCCAGGAAUUACUGCUCAUCUCCAGUACACAGACCAGGACUGGCCGGCUGGCAGCCAGGCUGGCUCGGGCAGCAGAGUUACGCAGCAAUAAGAGGUUUUGGUAACCUUGAAUCCCAGUUCUGGCCCGUCCCAGUGGCAGAUGGUCCGGUUCUCUGACGUGAGGAGUGUGAAAUGAGCUUCUGGAAUUCCAUACAUUUGAUGGAAGGAAGGCUGGGCUGAGCUGACACCGAGGUUUGGGGCCUCUUUCAGCAGAGGGCUGAAGGACUUCGGAGCUGGACGGUAGCAUUAGCGACGUUGUUGUUUGGUGUGUUUGUGGUCAGAGCACUUCUGUAGCUGUGAGGAUGCCCAACGGAUUGUGCUGUUUUACAUCAUGGGUGUAAACAAUGCUCUUUGCUGUAAGCACUUUCUUGUUUCCGUGUUACGUUGCUUGUUUGCAGUACUUCCCUUCAGAUACCUCCUGGGUACAGAGUUGUGCCUUUCCAUCAAAGGCAAAACAAGUUCCAGUUCCUGUGUUUCAGAAAACCGUAUGUCUUGUACAUAAAUAGGAAAUGUUAUGUAUGAGGUCCAAAUUGGAGGAAAACAAAACAAAACACCAGCAGCAAAAUGUGCUGGGAAUUUGGGUGAGACCCUCCCAGUCCCCCCAAGAAGUAGAUGACAAUGACCAUUAAAAGGAAUCUAUUCACAGAGCACGGUAACAUCUCUUGCACUGUUUCCAAAAGCAUUGGAACAAAGAGGAUGAGAUGGGAAUGACGUUGCAGGGAUGGAACCUGCUCUGUUACAACAGCUCUGUUUCCCCGAGGCUCCUCUUGUGGCAGACAACAGAGCUGCCCAUGCAGGAGCAGCUUUCCGGCCCGGUGUGCUGCUCUGAGCCCAGAAGGAGCUGCAUGCCUCCUGCCCAUGCAUUGCCAGCCUUCCCAUCAGUUUCAAUAACCAGCUGUCCUCAUUUCAGAGCUGCUACACAGAUUUCACAAACCAAUGCUCUCCGGAUCGAAAUUGGAGUCCUGAAUUUCUUUUAAACCCGUUUUGGGAUUCGCCGUUUGAAUAUCGGAUAACCCACCUCUGUGAUCCUGAGCUGAAGUCAGGGUUGUUCCUGUGGGCGCUCUGCACUCACAGCUGUGACAGCCACAGCAGAGGCAACUCCUGAGCCUCCCUGCUUAGCACCUAAUUGAUGGGAUGCAGUAAUUAACCUCUGACUCAGCGAUUUCUUUUAGUACAUUAAACUAAAUUGCUUCUAAAUGACAGGAUUGGCACAGCCCUGCUUUCUUUUAUUUAAAGUUCUGAAUGAUGCCGCAUGUCCACAUGGUUGUUUGUUGCUAAACUUUAUAUAAAUGUGUGAUUUCAGAUUCAGCUUGGAAUAUAUCUAUCUCACUACAUGUAGCAGUACAUUAUAUGUAACGUUAGUAUUUCUGCUUGGAUCCUUGAUAUUGCAAUGGAAUUCCUACUUUACUAAAUGUAUUUGAUAUGCUAGUUACUGUGUACAAUUUACCUUUCUUUUCUGGUUGUGCUCUUCCUUUUUACAAGCCGGUAGGUGCAGGUAGUUCCUGACAUUACUGAUCUAUGUUUGUAUUGCUGAUGUACUUAGGGGGUAUGUAAAAAUCAUUUUAACAAAAGAAAUAGCUAUUUAAAAAUUUAAUACUAACUAUAUGGGAGAAGGGUCCAUUGUGAAAACAUAGUUUAUCUUUGGAUUCAAUGUUUGUCUUUGGUUUUACAAAGUAGCUUGUAUUUUAAGUAUUUUCUACAUAAUAUGGUAAAGAUGUAGAACAAUUGCAAUGCAUCAAUAAAAAGGGUUAAUUUUCUGUACUCGA